GUGGUGGAGAGAGAAGAUACGGGGACAGAGUUUCUGGAGGCAUGCAAGUGAGAAUCAGGGGAAAGAGAAGCCAGGUGCUUUUACUUAUCUUACCACUGAUACACUCCCCACUAACACACACACACACACACACACACACACACCUCACACUGAAGGAACUACACCCACAACCUCUACUCAUGCAGUGAACUGAAAGGCACAUGUGCAUGCUGUGCCCAGAGCGACAGAGGGCAUCUCUGAGGAUACACCGAAGAGAAAGAGGUGUGAGGGAGCCGAGGAAGAGGAGCCCCAGGGGGAUCUCACAGACGCACCACGGACAGCAAAGAUACUCACGCACUCCAUCGGGCACUCCGCACUGUUUCCCUGACAACUAGGAUGGGCUGCAAUUUGUGCACCUUGCAGAAACGGGAGGAACACUACAAACUGCUGUAUGAGAUUGCACAGGUGAACGGGCGCGAUUUCUCCAAGGUCGACCACGACGAUGCGGUGGUGGAGGCCAUCAGACGAGACCCCAUCGUUGUCCAGGUUCUCCGGCGAACCCCCGCCGCUGGCACGGCGGCCGUCGCACACAACCACAGCGGCGCGCCACAGGACGUGUGUGUCGUCGACGUCUGCACGCAGACGGACAUCACCUUCGAGCACAUCGUGGCACUGGCCAAGCUCCGGCCGACCACUCCGCCCGUCCCCGACAUCUGUCCCUUCCUUUUGUCUGACAGCUGCCAUUCCAUCCACACCAUGGAGCACGAGUUUUAUGAAUGUCCAGAGUACCUGUCCAACACCCCAGCAGAGGUGGAGAGGACUGAAGAGUAUGAAUAUGAGGAGGUGGAGCUGUGUCGGCAGAACAGCCUGGAGAAGCUCGGCCUGACGCUGUGCUACAGGACGGACGACGAGGAGGACACCAGCAUCUACGUCAGCCAGGUGGAGCCAAACAGUAUAGCGGCGAGAGACGGGCGCAUCAAGGAAGGAGACCGUAUUUUACAGAUAAAUGGCUGUGAGGUGCAAGACAGAGAGAAAGCCGUUGCUCUGUUGUCAAGUGAAGAGGCAAGGAGCAUCAUUCUACUGGUGACAAGACCAGAAAUCCAGCUGGAGGAGGAGGUAUGGCUGGAUGACGAGCAGCAGGAGCUGGUGGAAGAGCUGAAGAUGGAGAUCCUGGAGGAGCGGAGGAGGAAGCUGAAGGAACACAACUUUGACAGAAGGGAUGAGCUUCAAGCUGAGGAAGAGAUGACAACAGACACAGCUACCUGUUCCUCCAAUAACCAAGACAGUGGCUUUGGUCACAGCACAGACAGUCCGGAGCACCAACCCCUGCUGGCCAGACUUCACAGGAGGAGCCCGGCCCAUUGCCUGAGGGAGCGAUGGCGGGCAGAGCAUCCACACACAACAAGUGGGACUGUAGUGCCACCGGACACCAAGAGUCAAAAGACAAUGUCUAAAGGCCAAGGCCGUGAAGGAGUACUUAGUAUACGCAAUAGUGGAGGUGGGGUCCUAGGUUUAGAGAAUCGCUUCCAGCAACUUCUGGAGCUCAAGUGUCAAAUCCGGAAUGGAGGCGAGUGCGGAGUGUACUCCAUUCGACACAGUAUAGAGUGUAGCCUCACUGAGCAGACAGUAGGGGAUGCAGAUGUUGUGGAUAGUGACGGAGGAGAGGGAGGGGUGGAGCAUGAGUUGAGGAUGCUAAACGAGGAACUGCGUAGCAUUGAGCUAGAGUGCCAGAGCAUCAUGCAGGCACACCAGCUCCGCAACACCCACCUUGACCCUUCACAGCCCACACCCUGCUCACCAGGACAGAGCCCCAAAGAAAGACACAAGCGGCACGGCAGGCUGGCUGACAUCCACGAACACCCAGAGAGGUCAGACAGCGACAAGAUUAGGGAGAAGGACAGUUCCAGUGCCUACAACACAGCCGAGAGUGCACGGUCAACACCGCUAGGUAUGGAGAGAUCUCCUGACCACUCUCUACAGAGACACAUCAGUAUCACCAACCAGAAAAACCUCAGAAAGGCCUCUUCCGCACCCUCCAGCCCGAUCCCUAUCCCUAAGCCCCACGGUACACCCAUCCGUAGCAGACCAGCAGACCCGGGCCCCAUUAUCAGCAGCAGCCCAGACCAGAGCAACCCCUCCAGGUCGGAGUCAGACCCUGCCAUGCCUGCAGAUGAUGAGAGGUGUGAGAAGAAAGGGAGAACCAGAGAAUCUAGAAGAGGGCUUCCCUAUGGGUAUUCAUAUCAAACAACCCCUUAUCAAGGCCAAGGAGGAUCCAGGCAACUUCAGAGUUACAUGCAGCUGCUACAACAGCACUCAUCCCUGGAGUAUUCCCAGAGCCAGCUGAGUCUGCUCAGCGUCUGUAGAGAUCCCGUGCAUCGGAACGGACGCCCCGGGGAACCCCGUCUGGAGUGGAAGGUCAAAGUGCGCGCUGACGGCACACGCUAUGUGGCCCGGAGGCCUGCCCGUGAUCGCAUCCUGAGGGAGCGGGCACUAAGGAUCCGAGAGGAGCGGAGCGGAGGCAUGACCACAGAUGAUGACGCCAUGAGCGAGAUGAAGAUGGGUCGCUACUGGAGCAAAGAGGAAAGGAAGCAGCACUUGGCACGGGCCAGGGAGCAGAGGAAGAGGAGGGAGUUUAUGCAAAAGAGCCGUCUAGAGUGUCUAAGGGAGGGACCAGCCAGCGGAGCUGAGGGCAGGAAAGAGAUCAAUAUCUUAGAGCUCAGUCACAAAAAGAUGAUGAAGAAACGAAACAAAAAGAUCCUUGACAACUGGAUGACCAUCCAGGAGUUGAUGAGCCAUGGGGCCAGAAUCCCUGAGGGCUCAAAAGUACACAAUGCCUUCCUGUCUGUCACGACUGUCUAAUGGACACAAACAGUCCUGCAUAUUAAACACUGUACACUUUAAUAUCAGGUAGCCUGCAUUUCGGGAACUACCUGCAUCUUUUUUUUAAAGUGUCAGUUUGUGGAAUUUAAUAUGUAACUGCUGAAGACUUCUGUAGCAUUCCUGGAGCAACUAUGUAUCUAUCACCAUAAAAUGUUUGAACUGUGAUCCGUCAUUACAGGACAUCAGCCAUUCAAACAAGACUUAACAGUUUUAUACACUGGCUUUUUGAUAAUGCUCUGGCUUCUGAUAGCACAUGAGUUUCGUAGCAUGUUGGUUCGAACUGAUUCACACAGAAAAAGGAACCAACACACUUCAUGUAUUCUAUGUACUGUGUCCUCAUACUCUCCAUUCUUGUGUUUCAUUACAUAUGAAGCAACUUCACUUGCCUCGUUCAAGGUGGCGUUUUUUUACAAUGGGGAAAUUACAAUAUUUUUCACACUUUUUGUAAGGACAUUUUUACACGGAAUGUCAAUGAACUGUAUGCAUUUUAUUGUCAUUUCUUGUUUUUGUCUGUGUCUCCAUACCGUCAUGUUGACACUAUUUGAUUGUACUGUGGCUCACAUUGUUCGCCAGUCCAACACAAAGAAAUGAACUUCUGAAAUCUCUGGAGGACAACACCUCUUCAUCUUAAAACAAUCCCUUCAUUGUAAGGAUAAUGUCACCUGGGUCUGCGAUGUCUAAAAAAAAGUCAGAGCACUCAAUUUAAGCACUGAAAAUAUCAAUAUGCCAUCUCAAAGGCUUACAUUAGUCAUGGGUUGACAGGACUUUAUUAAACAGUUUACCUCAAAUGACUUUGAAUACUUGGGUAACUGAAUCACUGAUGUAAGGAGCCCUUGAGUCAACCCUCAGCCCUUAAUAUGUUUGCGAAUUAUGUUAAAAAUGUUAAAUAUAUUCAUAUUUAUAUUGUUUACUCUUAUUUUUAUUUAUUGUAAAUUAAUUUUUCUGGUCUAUCAGAUAAAUGUUUCACAUUAGACCUGAAAAGCCAACACUUUUCAAGGCGCUGUCGAGGAAAUGUAUCGUAUUGCAGCCUUUCAACCCGAACCUGCUGCUUUUCCACUGUAAAGUUCAUUGAAAGGCCUUGACUUCAGUAUUUGUUGAUGGUGAAAUUUGUAAUAAAA